AAAAAAGGGAAAGUCAGUUGAUCCGAGAUUGGGGUGCAUUGAAUUUCUCUUUGGCGAUUUUAAUUGAUAUUUCGCGUUUGCAGAGGGAAAUGUCGGGAUCCAAGUGCGUUAAACCGCCGAGGAAGGCGUACAUCAAGGAACCCAACGAAAUGACUCAUCAGGAGAAAUUGAAACUCAUUGAUGAGGAAUUGAAUUCAUUUUACAAGUAUUGCCAGCAAGCGGGCUUCACCGAGGAAGAGAUGGACGUAAUCUGCCAGCCUCUGGUGGCAGCAAUGCGUCGAUCCUGGCUGCAGUUGGUGCUCCGUGCCACUGUCAUUCUCGUCGUCAUUGGAACCGUCGCCUGUGCUGCAGCCCAGCUUGACUUCGUCGGCAUCCACCUGACCGCUGUUAGCCGAGUCCUUGCAGUCAAGAUCCUGCCCUUCUGGAACUGGCAGCACCUCUACCGCGAGAGCUGCAUGAUGAACAAUCCCUUUUACAAUGAAAUUCCCAUCACCGAGGAGGAUUGCGUCGUAAGAUAUAGAACAUGUGAAGCUGUUGAAACCAUAGACCGUCUCUCUGACGUUCACUAUCGUCAGCUUGUCGACAAUUACCUGAACCGAGACGCCCCAGCCAUUAUCACCGACGCCAUGGACUCCUGGGGCGCCAUGAAUACUGACUAUUUCUGGUUUGAUAAUAUAACUCAUCUUUACCUGAGUAACGAGCGCCUGAUGGAGACGGUCCCCUGCUCAUUGACCUCGAACCUCCGCAUCGGCUCCUCCGACCUCGCUGCGUUCCUCCGUCGGGUCCACUCCCCCGAAGUCGCCAAGUGGUUCGUCCACUGGCAGAACUGCGACAUCAACGCGGUCAAAGUGCUGAGGAAGUACUAUCAGCGGCCUUACUUCCUGUCGAGCACUGUAUCACCGGCGCACUUCAACUGGGUACUCAUGUCCUCGGAUUACAACAGUCCCAGUUACAAGAAAGUGGAGCUUGAUUCGGGUCUUAUUACCCUGGCACAGUUGCGCGGGGCCACGCAGCUGCGACUCACCCCUAUCAAUCCUUGCAAUAGCUCCUGCCCUGAGCUUAUUGCGGAUCUUCAUCGAGGAGAGAUGUUGGUGUUCACUAAUCUCAUGUGGAAUUUGGAAUACGCUCCAAUGAGAGGUCUCGACAACAUUGCGAUUCUGACUGAGACGGUGUGGGAUGAGGAUCCAUAGAGAAAUCCCAAUCUAUUGUCGACAUUUCUGAGCAGACACCGAUGGAAAUUUUUCCACUUAAAAUUCUCCCGGAAAUAACAAUAUAUCACGAAAUAUUGGAAAGCUACUGUAAACUCAUGUGUCUAAUACCGAAAAGGGAAUAAAAAAA